CGCCGCUGCUGCGUGAUUUAGCAGCAGCGGGCUAUUGGUAGCACACAGCCUGUCCCCAGCAGCGGCGGAGUGAGCGCGCCCACGUGAUUCCGGUGGUGGCUCCUGACAGUGCCUCUCCAAAGAGCCGCACACCAGAAGGCACCGGCCAGAAAGCCCCGCUGCUCUGCUCUCCCGCCACGCUUGUCUCCCUUCCCCUCCGUCGUGCGCGCCUCGUGAGUUGUUGCCGCCAAAGCGAAGCCGGCAGCCCAAGCAGCAGCAAAGAGUUUUGCCGAGGCUGCCCGCCCAGUGCCGCGCGCCGUCUUCCUCGCCAAGCGCUCGAGCGUCUCUCCGUGCACCCGGGGAGCGAGAGGGAGGAAUGGCUGGCUGCGGGCUCUCUGAAGAUGCCGCCUUCUCCGUUGCCACCGCCACCGCCUCCUUCUGCAGCCUCACCGCCUCCUGGGAAGCCCCCUUCAGCCACCAGCCUCUUUCCAGUGUUGAUCUACCCAUGAAGGAAUGCAACAUACUUUUCAACAAUGCACAGUGUGCUGCUCUGGUUGGUGAAGACCAGCCUCUUUGCCCAGAUCUUCCAGAGCUUGACCUCUCUGAAUUAGAUGUGAAUGACUUGGAUGCAGACAGCUUUCUGGGUGGACUCAAGUGGUACAGUGACCAAUCGGAAAUCAUUUCCAAUCAGUACGCCAAUGAAUCAUCGAACAUAUUUGAGAAGAUAGAUGAAGAAAAUGAGGCAAAUUUGCUAGCAGUUCUCACAGAGACAUUGGACAGUAUCCCUGUGGAUGAGGAUGGAUUGCCUUCAUUUGAUGCACUGACAGAUGGAGAUGUGACCAACGAAAAUGAUGCUAGCCCUUCACCAAUGCCCGACGGCACCCCUCCACCUCAGGAGGCAGAAGAGCCGUCUCUACUUAAGAAACUCCUGUUGGCUCCAGCUAACACCCAGCUAAAUUACAAUGAAUGCAGUGGCCUCAGCACACACAACCAUGCAAAUGCCAAUCAGAGGAUCAGAACAAGCCCUGUGGUGGUUAAGACUGAGAAUUCAUGGAGCAAUAAAGCAAAGAGCAUUUGUCAACCACAAAAGCCCCAAAGACGUCCCUGCUCAGAGCUUCUCAAGUAUCUGACUACAAAUGAUGACCCUCAGACCAAAUCAACAGAGAACAGCAACAGAAACAGAGAGAAAUGCACCUCUAAAAAGAAGGCUCUUUUGCACUCUCAGACACAUCAUUUGCAAGCCAAACCAAUGAAUUUAUCACUUCCUUUGACGCCUGAGUCACCAAAUGAUCCCAAGGGUUCCCCAUUUGAGAACAAGACUAUUGAACAAACUUUAAGUGUGGAACUCUCUGGAACUGCAGGCCUAACUCCGCCUACAACCCCUCCUCACAAAACCAACCAAGACAACCCUUUUAGGACUUCACCAAAACCAAAGUCGUCAUGCAAGACUGUUAUGCCACCUUCCAAAAAACUGCGCUGCAAUGAGUCUUCCAGCUCUCAAGGACAUAACUUAGUUCGGAAGGGUCCAGAGCAGUCAGAGCUGUAUGCACAGCUUAGUAAGACGACUGUGCUGUCUGUCGGUCAUGAGGAGAGGAAGACAAAGCGGCCUGGUUUGCGCUUGUUUGGUGACCAUGACUACUGUCAGUCUGUUAAUUCAAAAACAGAAAUAUGCAUCAAUCUAUCCCAGGAGCUUGAGGAUUCUAGACAAGUAGAAUUACAAGGCUGCUUGCUUGGCCGGUGGUGUCAUAUUUGUUCUUCUUUCGAACAAUGCAACCAGUACAAGAUAGAGACUUCACAAAUGAGCAAGCAAGAUUUGCAAUGCAGCAACCGGAAACAGCUCCAAGACCAAGAAAUCCGGGCCGAACUCAAUAAGCACUUUGGUCACCCUAGCCAAGCUGUUUUUGAGGAAGAGACCGCUAAGACCAGUGCACUGAGGAACAGCAGUAAUUAUAAUGACGAACAAUUCUCCAAGCUACCUAUGUUUAUAAAUUCAGGACUAACAAUGGAUGGUCUUUUUGAUGACAGUGAAGAUGAAAGCGAUAAACUGUGCUGGUCGUGGGAUGGGACGCAAGCCUACUCAUUGUUUGACCUGUCUCCUUCUUGCUCAUCCCUUAACUCUCCAUGCAGAGAUUCAGUAUCUCCACUCAAAUCCUUCCUUUCUCAAAGAUUCCAAAGGAUACGCUCUCGAUCAAUGUCCUUUCCUCAGCACAGGGCUUCUUCCCGUUCUCCAUACUACCGAUCAAGAUCAAGGUCACCAUGCAGUAGAUCCUCCUCAAGAUCUUCCUACUAUUAUGAGCCCAGUUAUUGUAGACCCCGGGCAUAUAGAAGUUCCCCCUUGUAUUCAAGAUCCCGAUCCCGAUCUCCAAAUAGCCAUAGACCCAGAUAUGACAGCUAUGAGGAAUAUCAGCAUGAAAGGCUGAAGAGGGAAGAGUACCGCAAAGAAUAUGAAAAACGGGAAUCUGAAAGGGCCAAACAAAGAGAGAGACAGAGGCAGAAAGCAAUUGAAGAACGGCGCGUCAUUUAUGUUGGUAAAAUUGGGCCUGACACAACCCGAACAGAACUGAAAGACCGGUUUGAAGUUUUUGGUGAAAUUGAGGAGUGCACAGUAAAUCUACAGGAUGAUGGAGACAGCUAUGGUUUCAUUACUUACCGCUACACUUGUGACGCUUUUGCUGCUCUAGAAAAUGGGUACAGUCUGCGCAGAUCCAAUGAACCUGACUUUGAGCUGUAUUUCUGUGGACAAAAGCAAUUUUGCAAGUCUAACUAUGCAGACCUAGAUUCAAACUCAGACGAUUUUGAUCCUGCUUCGACUAAGAGCAAGUAUGACUCCAUGGAUUUUGACAGUUUACUUAAAGAGGCACAGCGAAGCUUGCGGAGGUAAUGUGCAUCAUGGCCAAGGAUAAUGGAGGGAUGGUGAAUACCUCAUGGACAUCACGUCCUUCAAUAAUGGACAAUGAAGAAGUCAUGCUUACAAAUUUCUCCUACUCUUUCCGUACAAAACCAUAGUUUACACGAACAGCUGCUUAAGGAAUAAAGAGGCAAAACGGGUCUGGUGUAAGCAUUUGUGUACCCCUGGGUCUCCACUUUGCUUUUCCAGGGUGAUGAGGGUGAGGGUUUUGAUCUUUGUAGAGAUGGCCAAGUGGGAACCACUGGAAAUGGCAGCAGUUCCAUAGAGAUACAUUUUUAAAAUAUGAAAACUCCAAAAUGUGUACAUACAACAUUUUCAAAACAAAGCAAAUUCAAACUUCAGCUGCUGACAUCUGAGACACACUGCAGUUUUUUGUGGCUCUUCUUGUUUGUUUCAUUGAAGAAGCUUCUUCUCACAUCAUGUUGUUUUAAAACGACGACAAUCCUGAAGAAAACUACAGAUCCACAAAACCCACCAUCUCUCAUUGUGCUUUUCUUGUGAAAGCAAGGGGGGGAAAUUGUGAAAGGAUUAAAAACCUCUAUAGUGUUUUACAAUUUUGUCUUUUUAAUUGUGACCUCCAUGUCAGUGUCCAAGACAUUUAUCUUGCAUAGAGAAAUUUUGAGACCCUCAUUAACCGCCAGCAUCUUUGGUGUGAUUUCCCCGCCCGUUUGGUGAACCGACAUGGUGUUACACUACAAAGACAUUGAGGAUAGUCCUUCAAGGGGAGGGGAAGAGGGGGAUGGAUGUACAGUUAGAUUAUUUGCUACAUUCAAGAAUGUAGUUAAGUAUUUACAGAUCUUAAAUGGAGUAUUUUUUAUUUUGUGUACAUACCGUAUGACAAAAUGAUGCUCUUUUUUGUUACGGCUAUGCACUGUAAAUGCAGCGUUCUUUUAAAAAAAAAACUGCUGAAUUUUUUCUUAAUCAAGAAUAUUCAAAUGUAAUUAUAUGAGGCAAAACAAUAUUGUACACAAACAUAUUUAGAAAGCUGAACUUAUGCUUAUAUAUAUUUGAUUGUAAAAAAAGAAAAGUGUGUGAGGGGUAUUGAUGCUUUAGGCACAUCAUCCAUCCCUUCGUUAAUUAGCUUAUCUAAUAACAAUGAUUAGAAUUCAGCCAAAGUUAAGAACAAAGUUAUUCAUUAGCUAGAGUCGUAGAAUUGCGCCUGUACUUUACCACUCCUCAAAAUGUCUACUUCAGUAAUUUUCAGUCAUGGGUAAUUCACAGUAUGGCAGUGUUGGGAACUGGAUAUAUGUUCCCAUAUACUUGUAUUAUAUUUGAUAUUAAAGCCCUGGGCCCUUCUGAUGGAUGUCCUAAGUUGGACAUAAAGUCAGGAGGAGAGUGCAACACUUAGCAGAGAAGCAAUGGGCAGGGGAGGAAACUUAAGUGUUGUGGUUUCCAGCCCCGUACCUGUCUAGCUCUAUUAAUUUCAGUGGAGUCCUUAAGUACAUAGAUAAAUCUCUCAAAUGAAUUUGGUGAAGACCAUGAUAAUAUCUAUACUUAUUUGGGAGUAAGGCACACUGAACUCAAUCAGACUUACUUCUGAGGAAACUUGCAUAGAAAUUGCACUGCAAAAGUGCUUAACUUUGGCUGGAUCAUACCCUUUGUGAAGAACUAUGUUAGGCAACUAGCCAUUAACCUCCUCUGCAAUAUUUUUCCACGUUACUAUUAUUAUUAUUGCGUCUCUUUCUUUAGCUGUUUUAUAUAAACAAAUUUAUUAAAGGGGGUGGGAGAUUUUUCUCAUUUUAAAGUUUUUCUAGAAGAUACCAUAAUUUUAUGUAAAGCUUCUCAAAUGGGUAAUCAUUAAAAGGUGUUUUUAUUUUAUGUAUUAAUAAUAGUUUUCAAACUAGAAGUCACAAAUCUUUUUAAAAAUGAUACUUUGUUUUAAUUGUUGUGACUUUAAUUUGAUAAAGAAAAACUGCUGUGGUACAGAGCACAGUUACGUUUUUUACAAUAAUCCUGUGUCUGAACACUGUUCUUGAAGCCAGUAAUCUGUUCAUUGGCAGAGUUCAAUGAUUAUUUAUGAUUUUUAAAUGUACUCAUCUUGUAUAAACACUAAUUCUUCAUUCCUUUGUUUAUUUAAAGAUGCAUAUUUAUCGGUUGUGAUUAACCUAUUUAUUAUAAAUUAUGAGUUGACUAAAAUAAUAAAAAGGCCAGUGGAAAUUUUAUACCUAGGAUGCACACCGGUUGUCAGGUUGCUAAAUGUAUUUUCAUUUUUGGGGGAAAAUCUAGCUUUUUUUCAGAAGCAGUGACUCUUCCUUAUUUUUCUUUAACUAUGCACUAAUAUGGCCUUAGAGGUGUCCAUAACAUUGUGGACGCCUUCAGAUUGUAUCAGAAAUUGUAGAAUCCAUUUGCAAGCUUAUGGGCUGGCACAGUGCAAGCCACUAAAACAGAUUAACUUGUGUAUCUAUUAUAUGACUGAUGUCUUGUCCAUUCAAGUCAUUCCUGUCAAUCACCCUAUUGGAUUUCAAGUCAAAUGUUCCUUGCAAGGUUGUUACUCCUUUUUAAGUUUCCUCUUUUAGGGCAUUCACUGCUUGUUUACAGAAUCACAAGAAUUUCCCCAGAACGUUUAUGGCUCUAAGAAUGUAUACAAACCUCCCAGCCUGCCAAACCAAAUAGCUUUUUAGUGCCACAAUGAGCUUGGCGGGGUCUACUGCAGGCCCACUGCACACAGAGGAGCCCAACAUGGUUCCGGAGAACCCUGUUCUCCAUCUAGCUACAUGUAGAUCAAUGGGCUGCCAUGGUGGGUAAAAGGUCCAUGUGUCCAUGUCCUCAUCUAGCCUUCCCUCUUGCCUCAUGAUUCAGAAGAAUAAGUAACUUCUUCAAGUGAAGGGAAUGAAUUCAUUGGGGAUAUGAGAGGUGUGCAUAGACCUCCCAUUCAUCCAAAUGGCUUCUUGUGCUAGUUGCAGUUGGGUGUAGACAGGCAAAGGGGAAAGCAGGGCUCUAUUGACUUUUAUCAAGGUCCUGUGUAUGUAAGUGCUGCACCCCAGUGACCUGAAUCAUGCUCAGGGCAAGGCAUGAUGGCAGUGAGGCUGGGUAAUAAUUUGCCUACUUAAACCAACCAGUGAGCAGAUAGCUGUAGAUGGAAUAUGCUGCAGCAUUAACUAUGGGUCUUUUUACAAGAUGUUUAGAACUUGAAUAUGAGAUGACAGAACCCAAACUGCUCAAAUGAGUUUUCAGGUACAAAAGGGUGAAUUGAAACACAGCACAUGUGUUUUUUGGUAGUCAGGUAUUCAUAUCUCAGUACAAAAAAAAUUAUUAAACCUGGUUCUUAAUUGAAAAUCUUGAAAGUGGAAGCAGUUUCUGAAUCUUAAACAACUGUGCCCACCUUCAUGUGCAAACACAGAAGGUGGGAGCCACUUCUCUUUGGUGUGACCCAACAUAUGUGAUAUGCAUGUGAACUGGAACCAUGUGGGUAGCCCACCCCACCCUUUGAUUGUCCCCAAGGGGGGCGGGAAGCCUCGAUUUUGAGUCAGGGGGAAUAGGUGGCAAAAGACAGAACAGGCUCUUGGGUUGCAAAUAAUGCUCUAUGCCUCAUUUCCCACUGGAAAUCAUGAAUCUGGACAUCAAGCCACAUGAUCUCUACUGGGAGUGUGUGGACCAUCAUUUGUUCCGGUAGGCCAGAUGGAGGAGUGGUAAAGGCAGAAGGCUUUUAAAGUGGGAUUGGGCUUUGUGAAUGUUAAAAUAAAAUAAAAAAAAUCAAGUUUGAUUUGAACACUUAAAAGGCCAAUUAAUUGGGGGAGGGGAGUCAAUAGGGUUCUCCCAUCUUUAUGUUCUACAUUCAGAGGCAUACUGCCCCUGAACAUGGAGGCUCCAUUUAAUUUCCAUGGUCAACAGCUAUUGAUAUGGUAUUGACUGGGUAAAAACAUAAGACCCCUGCUAGAUCGGACAAAUAUCUUGUCUAGUUCAGUAUCCUGCUUACCACAGUGGUCAACAUGAUGUCUGUGGGAAGCCUACAAGCAAGAUAUGCAUGCAAUAGCCUUCCCCUGCUGUUUCCCCCCAAUUAUUGGUGUACUAUCCUGGAGUUAGUGUUCAGCCAUCACCAGUAGCAAUUGAUAGCCUUGCCUUUGAUGAACUUGUCUAAUCCCCUUUUAAAGCUGUGUAAGUUAUCAGCCAUCACCACAUCAUCCAGUAACGAAUUUUAUAGUUUAGCUAUGUGCUGCAUGAAGCUAGAACAUCCCCACAUGAGGGGCUCUGUCUACAUGGUUCCAGCAGCCCCCACACUGCAGGGAACCUGAGCAGUUAUACAUUUUAAACAGGGAUGAUAUAAGUGGAGUGCACUUACUGUUUGGCAUUCAUUGCUUCUUCUAAAGAUACAACAUACCUACCUACCUACCUACCUAAUCCCCCCCCCAAAAAAAGGUGUAGGGAAACUGAUUUUGUCCCAUGAUCAGUGCAUCUGAGUCUGACAUCUAUCCUCAUUUUUAUCACCAGCAUAUUGUGUUCAAGUAGAUUCCACUGUGUCCUGUUCUAUGCCUGCUCUUUUUUGUCUUUGUAUUCCUAAGUAGGUAGAUAGCAAUAAAAGAGAACUUUUUCACAAGCUUUGUUUCGCAUACUGUAGCACCCUUCCAGUCUGCGUAAUCCUUGCCAUUCAUUGCUUGUAGGUUUAAGAUACAGGUAUUUUAACGUUUGAUUGUGUGAAUGCCAAACUAAACGUUUACAGCUUUUUCUUUCUGGAUUUUGAGUGUCUUCUGUUGUAAAGGAAAAAAAAUUAA